UCUCCCCCCCCCCCCUCCCCCGGGUCUCACGGGGUUAACGUGCGUGAGAGACUCGCCACCUUCUUCGUAGUCUACGAAGCGGUGGAGAGGAGGAGGAGCAAGCAGGCGGUCGACGUCGUCGUCUGGGAACCGGUCAUCGGACAACGUGUGUGUAUGUGUAUGUGUGUGUAGUAGAAAGUAGCAAAAAUUCUGAGAAGACCGAAGCUCGGCGGAGCCCUGGCAGGCUCAUCGGCUACUGCGGACGACGUGGAAGCGCGCUUCCGUCUCCCCAAGCUUCUACGUAGACGUAGCAGUAGUCCCACGGGUUACCUCGAGCCUGAAGCUGCUCUGGCAGUCUCGGGCAGCAGCGCGGCAGAGAUGGGCAACAAUGCCGCGACCGCCAACAAGAAGGUCGACGCCGCCGAGAGCGUCCGAGAGUUCCUCGACAAGGCGAAAAAGGAGUUUGAAGACAAGUGGAAGAAGAACCCGACCAACACCGCCGCGCUCGAUGACUUCGAGCGCAUCAAAACCCUGGGCACCGGCUCGUUCGGCCGCGUCAUGAUCGUCCAGCACAAGCCCACCAAGGAGUACUACGCCAUGAAGAUACUCGACAAGCAGAAGGUCGUCAAGCUGAAGCAGGUCGAGCACACGCUCAACGAGAAGAGGAUACUGCAGGCGAUCAGUUUUCCGUUUCUCGUAUCGUUGCGCUUUCACUUCAAGGAUAACUCUUACCUGUACAUGGUGCUGGAGUACGUGCCCGGCGGCGAGAUGUUCAGCCACCUGCGCAAGGUCGGCCGCUUCUCGGAGCCGCACUCGCGUUUCUACGCGGCUCAGAUCGUCCUCGCGUUCGAGUAUCUGCACUACCUCGACCUCAUCUACCGGGAUCUGAAACCGGAGAACCUGCUGAUCGACUCGCAGGGCUACCUCAAGGUCACCGAUUUCGGCUUCGCCAAGAGGGUGCAAGGACGGACGUGGACUCUGUGCGGCACGCCCGAGUACCUAGCGCCCGAGAUCAUCCUUAGCAAGGGCUACAACAAGGCGGUAGACUGGUGGGCACUGGGCGUCCUGGUCUACGAGAUGGCCGCUGGCUAUCCGCCAUUCUUCGCUGACCAGCCGAUCCAGAUCUACGAGAAGAUCGUCACCGGCAAGCCGCGUUUUCCAUCCCACUUUGGCUCCGACCUCAAGGACCUGCUGCGCAAUCUGCUACAGGUCGAUCUCACCAAGAGGUACGGCAACCUCAAGGCAGGCGUCAACGACAUCAAGGGCCACAAGUGGUUCGCCAGCACCGACUGGAUAGCCGUCUUCCAGAAGCGAAUAGAAGCGCCGUUCAUACCGCGCUGCAAGGGACCAGGCGACACCAGCAACUUCGACGAUUACGAGGAGGAGACCUUGAGGAUCUCACUGACGGAGAAGUGCGCCAAGGAGUUCGCUGAGUUUUGAACGCUGCGCCGGUUCGGCAAGUUGCUCGCAACAACAGGAGAACGUGGACACGUACGUCGUCAGCGCGACGACGUCGUGAUCCGCGCGCCUCACCGUCGGCCCGACGCGGCACGGCGCUCUUUCGUCAUCGCCGUCGUCAUCACGUUGGUGAUUCGCUUUUUUUGCGAAAAAGAGAGAGAGAAAGAAAGAACGAACGAAAGCGAGCGAGAAAGAGAGAGAGAGAGAGAGAGAGUUAAAGAACGGAAGAGAAAGAGUGAAAGAGAGAAGAAUGCAUCUGUGAGUGUUAGCGCGCGCAUCCGCGUAUAACGAAAGCUCUCGACUAGGCAAAACGGAGUGAAGUUUUUUUUUUGGGAGGGAGGGCAAAGUUUCUCGCGAGCGGUGGAAAAGUGUGUGUUCCAGAGGAGAGAAAGAGAGAGAGCGAUAGAAAGGCACGUGGUAAUUCACGCGUUUUGUUGCGUCUCGCGACCGAACUCGCUAAAUCUGAGAGAAAAAAAGAAGAAAGAGAGAAACGCGAAACGGUUGAUACGGGACGUUUACACGCUGGCGUUCAAGCGUCCAAAAAUUAUAUACACACAUAAUUUUUGGUUGUUACGUAUGUAGUACACGUCACACGCCAGCAUCACUUUUUACAUGAAGAAAAUCUCUUUUUUUAGUCGGUUAAUCGAUUCAUUAACGUAAUAAGAACGACUGUAUACUAUAUAUACAUAUGUGUGUGUGUGUGUGUGUGUGUGUGAGAGAGAGAGAGAGAGAGAGAGUGUGUGUGUGUGUGUGUGUGUGUGUGUGUGUGUGUGUGUGUGUGUGUGUGUGUGUGUGUGAGAAUCCGUUCGCCACUCAUAUUACUCUAUCCUCCGCCCCUUCCUCCGCGUCCCCUGCCAUCCAUUGAAGAUAGCUUUAUGAUCCGGUUUACGGAGAAGGCCGUGUGUAAAGUUUGUUCCCAAUGAUUAACUGUUAUCAGCGUCGGAAAUGUCACCGUACUGAAGUUACCUUGUACAUAUAGUCUCUCGUUGUCUUUGCGAACGACGUUUCCUAUCUCCUCCGUUCCUUCGCCCGUCCCCUCCUCCUUCCUCACACGCGUAGCAUCGUCUCCUCCGGUGUCUUCUCCAAUUCUUCGGAAAGCACCCCAUUCUCUUCCCCUCUCCCUUUCUGCCCCAUCCCAUCGUUUACUCCCUCGGUUUUCUCUCGCGUUACACACACGACACUCAAAUCGAAAAGGAGGUACUGUACCACAUUGCGAAGCGAGUCAUAUCGUGCAUCGUUCGUUAUCUAUUUGUCUCUAUCUUCUUUAUUCGUCGUGAGAGAUUGUGAGAGAGAGAGAAAAAGAGAAAGGGAAAGAAAGUACGAUGCGCGUACUCAUCGUGAGUAUGAUCCAUACAACUAGUCGUCAUAUACAUGCAACAAACACACGUACACACAUAAAUAUCCAUACAUAAAUACACACGUACAGAGAGAAUAAACACAUAAAUACGAUAAUCUGAAAUAAUGUUUAUAUUUGAAACACGUUUUCCAUCAAUCGCCGAUGACGGGCCAAUUGGGGGAGACACGUGGCUUUAUAUCCGCGAUGAAAUUCGCAUGAGAAAUAUUUCUCUAUACGCAGGACAGACCAUAUAUAUAUAUAUAGUAUAUAUAUGUACGCUUGUCAUCGUCGAAACUCAUUGCAUCCGCACGCUGCGCAGAACGGUUUUAAUCCUCAGCAUUAUCCCGACGUGUUUCUUGUUAUCCGAAAGAUUAAACGUCUAAUUCUCCAACGUAGACCGAGUACGAAACGUAUACAUGUACAGAGAGAUACUCGCCAUUUCGAAUCGUUGUACACGAAGAAGGGGGCGGGGGAGGGGGGAGAAGGGCACGCGGGACGAUGGUAUCUAUUCGUAUUCUAGUUUUACCGUGAGCAUGAGGAUACCUUUAUUGCAACACCAAUAUUACAAGGAAUGAGGCUAUUAAACUGCGAACAGUUUGUUGCUAACAGUUUCCUCGUAAAAUCGAGCUUCAAUCUGUAACGCAAGUGUUAUUAUGACAGUACCGUCGACAUCGUCGUGAUGUAGACGUGUCUUCGUAUUCUCGAAUUCUCAAAGACUCGCAAUCACGCGCGUGAAACGAAAGGAAAACAAGCAUAACCCUGACUAACGAUCUCAACGGCAGGCACGCGAUAGAACGAGACGGAAGAGCACAGGAGAAUGUGGGACAUGGUAAUAUAUACUAAAUCGUAAACCAACUAACGAGCGUCGCGAUAACGAAGCACAUUGAUGUAAAAGAUCGAGGGCUAAUGGCAAAUUAGGUGACCGCACAAAUCGCACAGAUCGGAGAUCUCGUUAGCCACGUGUUAGCCGUGCGCGAACGCGAUCGAACGCUCUCUCUCUCUCUCUUUCUUUCGGACAGAACGAACCGAGGAGCCGAUUGGCUUUCGCGACUUUAACGUGAAAUAUAUCUCCGCGCGUCGACAUCAACAGACGUCGAUGGACGAAGUUUCGUUAAUGAGUAAAACGGUCGUUCAGAAUUGGAUUGGGCACACGCCAGAGGCGCGACGCGGCUGGUCGGGUAUCGAUUCAGCAACGGCGAUGGGCUAACACGCGCGCGGACAAUGCGGAGGAAAUGCGGCACGUAAGUUGACGUUACGAAACUUUUCUAUCCUUUUAGCAUUCGCGAUGAGCCGUGUGCGAACUUUGCAAUAUAUCGCGCGUCCACGCCAACGCAAGUUUUCGAAGCUCUCCCCGUUUAGUCGAACGAACCAAUUCGGACGAUGCGUUCCACGCAUGCAUCAACUUUUUUUGCGUUACAGUGCAGAAAAUGGCAUAAUUAUAAUAAUAUGAAUCUCUGAUCAAAUAAAUAAUCCGGUUACACCUAGAUACGUCUUUGAAGACUUGCGUUGCAUUCGAAACGACAAGUAACGUUGUCAUGCGGCGUCUUUCCGCGCGUUAAACGAAAUCGGAAUUAUUGGGUCAUUAGAGAGCGAUCAGCUGAUCGACGCGACGGGAUAUACAUCGUGAAUCUUAGCAAUCUCCAGUUGAUAGCGUAAGCUGCGGAAUACAGAAAGACAUUUGUUGCACGUGCGAAUGUAAUUUCGCGAGUGACGAUAGAUCAGUGGGAUGUGUAUAUCUUCCUUUCUACCUCUAUACGCGAAUGCACAUGCCGCUCGUUCGUUUGCACACGCCGCGAUGAUGUUGGAGGAGAAAUUGGAACGGCGGUAGUGGUUUGAUGCGACUCGCAGCAAAAUAAGCGAAGUACCUUGGCGCGGUUUCGUGACGAGAUUUUGGGAUAACGAGAUCUUGGCCGACGCGGUAUGCAAUUGCGCUCGCAUGCUUGUAUUAUAUGUAUGUGCUUACGGGCACAUAUACGUGUUACACAUAAACACACAUACAUGUACACGUGUACGCGUAUGUGUCGAAGAAAUAAUCGAAGCGCUAAGCAUAACAGAGCUAAACCACUUGAGAUCGCAUUGAUAUAAUAGCGUUUGAUAUAAUUGCUUCUGCAAUUAUUAUUCGUGCAGUGUAACGGCUUCGAUAAAUGGAUACAAAUUAUUUACUUUGGUUCUCGAGUCUCGCAUUCUUUCUUCCUUUCGGCUUUCCACCCUAGAGAUAUUAUUCUUAGUUCUUCAAUUGUAAUACCACGAGAACUCGUUCUAGUUAGAUUUACAUAAAUUCGCGACAGUCGUGUUAUGGAAUUCUGGACAGCUGGACACAUAUUUUAAUAUUCGAAUUUUAAUUGGUUCAAGGACAUUGGAGACAAUCUCAAUUUAUUUUGAAGCAGACUAUUAUAUAUAUUUUAUAAAAGCAUUUUCAGGUUAAUUGGCAGUAUUAUAUAACAUUUUAUUUGUAGUAAACGAAUUUUUUUCAUUCAUCUUUGAAGCCUGCGAAUUAAGAAGUGUUUAUUUUUAUUUUUUUUAUUUUUAGAAAGACAGGUGUCCUACAUUUGAAUGCACGACAUUUUCUCACAGAGAGCUGUGUUUUUCUUAUUCGAUUGAUCGAAUCGAGCGCUUACCAUUUUUUUUUUUCAAUAUCGCGGUUGUCCUUCGCCGGUCAUCGAGAGUGCUUGUAUUUUCAAGAUAUCAAUCGUUCCGUCAAUAACGAUCUCGAGAAUCUUCAGAUAAAUCGCUGUCGCAUUUUCUUCGAUUUCCGCGACAAGCAGUCGACAGACUUGCCUUCUCUAUAGAACGGCAGUACAUAUCGAUUCGUAUUCCUACGUUGUUCUUUUAUGCAAUCAUUACUUAUCUCGCCUAUCGGAAUCUAGCGAAGAAUUGUGACUUUCUUUUCGCAUAACGCGGAAUAGAGAUCAAUAUACUUCAAGUACCUGCGCUAUGCAAUUUAGCUUAUACUCCCUUCUGAACGUUGUUCCUUUUCUUUAUUUGAUUUAGAUAACAUCGCAAUGUGUUUUUGCUAACAUUGCUUUUGAUCUCUUUUCAACUAUUAAUCCGAGUUCAAUAUUGAUAUUUCAAGUUGGUUGGUUAUCCAGCUCUUUCUUAGCGAUACGAUUAUACGCGCGUGUAAUUUCCUAUCUUUAAAAUUUGACAAAACGUCUAAAGCAGAAACGUCGAGAUAUCAUUUAAAUAACGUCAGGAGAAGCUGCGCCGUUAACUUUGCCGUGUAACUUUGCCAAAAUGUAGACGCCAUAUAUGGAAGACAGAUUUAAUUUUAUCGUGAAAAUCCGUAAAAGAGUGAUUAUACGGAUUUCUCGAAACAAGAGUUGUAUACGAACGGCUGUUGUUUGAGUUGCACAAACAUCACCGCAAACGAUCUCCACGAUUUUCACUGGAGACCCGGUUAUAACAUCGCGUUAUUACCUCGUGUGUACACAUGAUAACCGUUAUCAGUUAUCAUUUAUCUAUCGGAUCUCAUAGAGGACGAAUCGCUAUUGUCGGAGAUGCAGAGAGGAUAAUCACGAGGAAUAUCUAUUAGAAUAUUUAUUUGGAUUGAACCGUGCUCGUUGAAAAAAAUUCCCGCGAACGUGUCGAUCGCGAAAAAUAAUCGAAUACCACAUGUCCCACAUUCAUCGCCUUUUGACGACAAAUAUUCUCGUCGAAGAAUUUCAUUAUCGAUAUUUCAUUAUCUUUUUUUUUCUCUCCGAGUGGCUAUAUUUCAGUGAAAAUUUUUUUAUCGUCAGAAUUAGCUGGUAUUUCAGCGCCACGGCGCGCAGAAUUUUGAUUAACGAAAUCGAAUCGCCGCGCAGGUAGAAAAGAGCUCUCGGCAGAGUUACGAUUAUCAAUAUUUUAGUCGGAGAGCGAGCAGUAAUUUUUAUCGGGUGAUUAGGAUGAUUACGAUCACGAUCGUGUUAAUAUUUUAUCGUCGGCAUUACGACAGAAGGGUACGACAGGACGAAUUAUUGUUGUUUGUAUGUUUGAUAGGGAUCUUCGUUUUGUUCUUUCGUGGCAAGGUAUCUCGGCCAUUUGUUUCCGGAUAGAUAAUGCGAUAUCGAUCGCGGCGGCUUGCGAUAUUAAGGGCUAUGUCAAUAGCAGCGUAGGCACGUCAGGCGCGUACGUUACAACGCGAUAAAAAGAGAGACGGAUGGGGUGGGAGGGGGAGGGGGGAAGAGUGUCCAUUUCUCAUGCAAAAAGUAAUCUUAUCGCGAUCGUGAACUUGGCCUUCCGUUAACCGCGCAGCGUAUGGAGUACGUGGCCGUCGGUGAUUCGAAGAUCGAAUGGGGGAAUGCGUAUCUUUCCCUACGAUCUGCAGCUGUAACUAUAUUUAAUUUAAUAGACGGUACAGGCAAGUUUUAUACAUUCUCGUAUCUUUGCGCUACACCCGUUCGCGCGUGAUCCAAGAACACGUGUAGUGGGAGUUAGUUCUCGCAGUUUGUCUCAUUUUUACUUUAUCUCGUAUAAGGGAAUGGAACUACUCUCUAAAUUUUUUGGAGCGGAAUUUCAUCUAAAAGAGUGCAACUCCACUCUAAAAAGUGUGAAAACCCUGCCACUCUUUAUCAAGACUGGCAGGAUUUUCAUACUUUUAGAGUGGGAUUCCACUCCAAAGAAUUUAGAGAGUAGUAUUCCUUAAAUGACACAUAUCACCGUGUGCUACUCCGUGGACGAAGUAAUUAAUUUCCCGAAAGGUUAAACUCUAAAUCCGCAUAAUAAAAUGAUACAGCAAAACGCAGCUGCAUAACAGUUUCUUACCACUGAUCUUUACGUUCAUGAUGCGCAUUUUCUCGCGCCGUAUUAAAUAAUAAUCGAUCUGUCGCGGUGCGAUCGCGGUUUCGCCAGAUGUCGUUUCACUGUGCGUCCAACUCAAUCGGCCAACGCUUGUCUCCUGUUUCCCAAUUGGCCCCCCCGACGGCAGGAGGUUUGUUGCACCUGCGGGAAGCUUUAAUCGACGUGUUGCGGUUCGCGCAAGCUUGCGCGAGCGCAAGCGUUUCGUGUAAAUAUUAGCGAUAGGUAACAGAAUAGUUCGUAUAUCGUCGUGUUCACUGCGGUGUGGUUCCUUUAGAGCGAUUCCCCCCCUGCCCCCCCCCUCCUCUCCCUGAAUAUCUUCGCGUUUCUAGCUUGAGCCCGACGUUGCACCGACGGCGGUUCCUAUUUAUCUCGGCUCCGGUUUCAAUCAGCCUCAAGUUAAUUCUGGUUUAACAAAUCCUUUGUGCCCCCUUUUUUUAGGAAUAACAAUUCGUAUCCCCGCCCCGCGUUUUAACACCAAACCGACGAGGCGACACCUCGGUUUUCAAGCGUCCUUUGUGUCUAACGCGUGGAGAAGGAGCUCGAUGUUGAGACAGGAAUGACAGAGGCUCCGUGUUUAGUGUUAAACGCGUGGCGUGAAUAUGCACCGAGCCAAUAACAUAGAACCCGGGAUUAGAUUUAACUGAGGCUGUUGAAACCGGCAGACUGUCUCCCCUUUCUCUCUCUUUCUCUCUGUCUAUAUCAUAGCUAGGGCUUUGAUCGGGAAAGGGACGAUUAAUUGACGCUCGGUUAAACCGUCACGUAGCGCGACGAAUCGGCUGCCCGUCGGUGCAACUCGGUGCUCAAUCAUAGCUUAUAAUUGCCCAAAGGAUGUACGCGUGUACAAAGGGCACGCACCGAGGAACACGAAGGUAGGCACACAGGGACAACACACGUGUACCUGCGGAUUUUCCCGACCCCCUUGUAUAUUAUCCCCGCAAUUAUAUUACUUUUAAUUCAGUGUUCUUCGUAUCACAUACAGAUGUACAAGUGUCGUCCUAUUUAUAUACGUAGUUUAUUCCUCGAUCCCAGCGAUCGGUCGUUACGCAAUCGCCGCACGCACGCACGCACGCGCGCAUACAAACAUAUAUCUAGAUACAGAGAUGCGCGUACACGUACGUACGCACAGCGCGCGUAUAUCCAUGCAGAUAUUCGCCAGUUAUCGAAACGUUUCGCUGAACGGUUCGCCCGCCCGUUUUUAAAUUGCAUCCGGCACGUGCGCCGGCAUGUGGCACCUUUAUUAUACUUUGUCUCUUUGUUGUUUUAUUGCGCCUUCGUAUCUUUGGCUCGAGGCGUUUCUCAAACUGCGUAGCACUGAGAACGAUGAUGUAGACGCAAAAUAUACGUUUAUGACAAGCUCGAGUCUCACUUUAAUUCUUAAAGCGAAACAUUGGCCUCCGCUAAAAAUUUAUAAACCACGAACUCUCGACCUUACGAUUACGAGACUUAAACUUAAAUUUAUAAAUUAUAUGUAAUUAAUAUGGGUUUCUCUAUAUUUGUAAAUUGUUAGCGGAUGUGCUAGUUAACAAAAUUGUCUUUACACCAUAUCUCGUAGCAUAUUUUGAAAAAUAAUAAGAAAAUGCGGUGAGAAAUCUCAGACAUACGUCUCAUUAGAGAUAGUUUUCUCGUGUUUCGGUUUAAGAGUUAAUACGAGUGUUAUAUCUUUAUGUCUAUAGCCGCUUUCUCUAUGAACCCAGUGAGUGAGGGACACUUCCAUGUAGAAUCAUCGCUUUCCAAAUUUCUUUCAAUUUCACGUUAUUUAACUCUUAACAUGGAGCGAUUAUUCGACAUACGGUAUCGCAACGAGCGAGUUAAUCCAAAGCGGUUUCCUCAAAUUACGGCAUUUGUCGAAUGUUCGCGUUCCCCUCGAGAAUUUUUUUUCUCAUCGUGACUCGAGUCCAUAUCGUCCACGGUAUUUUAAAAAGAAAAAAAAAGAGAGAGAAGAAAAUGAAAAGGAAAAUGCAGCGAAGGUCUCGCAUGCGUGUCGUCACGCGACUCCGCGACGCUGAUCGGUUAUUAUAGAGCGCCGCGACGUUCGCCAGAAUGCGGCUUGCCGGUGAACGCGGAUUUCGCGUCGCCGCUUUACACUAUAUAUCGUCCGUCGUCCCACUUCGAAAACGCCUCUCUUCCGCAUUGAUCCGUUCAAUCUCGCUCGCCCCGUCUUCUCUCGCCGCGCCCGGAUUAAAUUGCGCGAGUGGAAAAGUGUUUCCCCCCCUCUCCCUCUUCCCUUCAACCCCCCAGGCCCGCCAUUCUCCCCCGUUUCGCGGGUUCUUCGUAAUUUUUCUUUUCGCUCUCACGAGAGAGAACCUUUUCGUAAACACGAUCGACCCGCGCGUCUCGCUAUAUAUUCACUCCGUCAUUCUUGGCGUCCUCAAGGCUAUAUUAAUUGUUUGCUCAAAAGUUGCGUCGCUCCCGCGCCCGUGGAAAAACUUCUCCACAAAGAGAACAAAGUAAACUAUUUUAGCGGAUUACCCAUAUUAAUAUAUCAAUUGAUGUCGAUACAAGGGGAACGUCGUUGACGGAGUGCAAGCGACCUUCCUUCGUAUUUUGACAAAUUCUGGCGAGGCAAAGUGACGGAGCGAGGCCGCGCGAGGAAAAAUACUACCGCGAAGUUUAUAUUUCCUUAAAUCCAGUUACAACUGCGGUAAAAGAUUUUUGAAGUCUUUCCAAGGGCGAAAGGAAAGUGCCGCCGAAAUUGAGAAGAACCUUGAUCUGCGAGUCCUUGUGCUCGUUCUCACCGCGAAUUACGUUUAUUUUCGGUUUGAAUUUCAUAACCCGGAGAGAAAUUCAUCAACGUUGGUCAUUACUCCGAAUUUGUCAUUAGCGCGCGAGGCGGGUCGACAACGCCUCGGGGAACUGACGUAACUCGAUACGUAAUUAAUAGCGCGAUGGAACGCCGCGCGCUAUUUAGAUCUCGCUUCAUUUCCAUCCGAAUCUCUCUCUCUCUCUCUCUCUCUCUUCCCUCGUUUCUCCCGUUGCCGCGACCAAGUUGCACUCGCUUGCGUAAUCGCCUCGUCUCGUAAUAAGUCUCCUCUCCGUCGCGAUCCAAUCCCGGACCCCUGACGCCGAAGGCGCGUAUAAAUACGUCGCCUCGAAAAUUCGCGCAUCUGCCUUUGCGCGUUUAACGAGGCAAUUGUCGGGUCAGGCCUCGCGCCUACGACGCUGAAUCUUUCGAGAUAAACAGUUACCCGAGACAAUUCGAGAGAUAGAUCAAUGUGAAAUACCGUGUUUCGGCGAUAUCGACGGAGUCAUCGCCGAGAUAUCUGUAACGUUAAAGAGAGAGACUAGAUGAGAAUAAUCGAUAAGGAAUAUUAUUCGGAAUUUGCGAGAAUAUUUAUUUCUUUCGUCUUUUUCUUUUCCUUUGUUAUAAAUUAUCUCGACACUUACGUAUUCUGUCCUUGAAUUAUUUAUGCUAAUAAACUCGCCUCGCGCGAUGAUCAAUGAUAUCUUUUUCAAAAGAAAAAUGGAACAUGGAUUAAAUUCGGAAUCUGAUUAAUGAGAGAAUGUCGACGGCUUUCACCCGUUAAAAUUAAAUGUUGUAUUUUUUUUCCAUUUCCUUCGGGGCUUCGCUUUUUCAAUUAUUCGUUCGAGAGGGCCGAGAUUAAAAUUGAAUUGUUUAAUUUAAUGCACAGAGAUAUUAUACGCACGCGAACAAACGAGUUUGACUUUCAAGCCGACCUGCGUAAUUAUCCGGGCAAGGGAGAAAGGCGAUUUUUCUUUCAGUUUCGGCUUCCCUUUCUCCUUCUAAAGUGAAACCGCCGUUUCUUUCUGGUUGUUUUAUAUUAACAUGCGAUCUCUAGAUACACGUCGCGCAUUCAUUGCAGGCUCGUUGACUUUUUUCUGGACAAAAAAAAUUUAGUGGGUCAGCGCAAUUCUUCUCCAUGUAUUUUGCUUAUACUUUGCGUCACGUAAUCUUCUGUCGUUCCUCCUCAUCAUCAGUGUCCUCCGCGCUUGAAUGUCGCUUUCUUCUCUCGGUUACACAAGAUAGAACCCUGGCGUCGACAAAAGAAUACUCUGCGACAGAUACACAAAUCGCGAAGGCUAGGUAUAAAUAUGAAUUUUGUUAAGAUUUUCUAUAACCGUUGGAAUGAGAAUUAAGAAGCGCUUUUCCUAAUAAUAAUAAUUCCUAAGAAGCCCGAAAAAACGCUAAAGAGUCAUAUAAAAAUUAUUGUGAAUAGUUAUACGUAUGUUACGAAUCUGAUUGUAAUUUUAAGAAUAGAUUAGAUAAUUAGAUUUCAGACGAAUCUCUUUCACACACAACAUAUACACGCAAUUAUUACUUGUAUUAUUAAUUAUUAUUAUUUGUGUUAUUAAUAUAUAUAUGAUUUUUAUAGAUUUAUUAUAAAUAUAUUAUCUGUUAUCAUUCGUUACUAUGAUUAUUAUUUAAUUAGUAUUAUUUACCUCUCUAAUUAAUAGACUCUAUCUACUUCUCUCUGUCAUACUUUACUUAUUUUCCAUGGCGUAAAAAUAUGCCCGCGACUUUGUUGCGCGUUCCCCACGUUCUUAUCGAGGAUUUACACGCUGCUCGCGUUACGUGCAGUUACGCGAGAAAUGUAGACGCGAAAGGGAAAUGAUUUUAUAACAAGGCUUUCACACGUAAAUCUCCCGCCGCGCGCGCCGGUCGGCACGCAUAAUAUCGCGUAAUUGCAGAGUACGAGCGUCUUUUAUACUUUUAUACUGCGCCAGCGUUACUAUUUAGCAGUACUAAUCUACUAUUCAGUUCAAGCUCCAUGCCAUUCUAAAAUAUUGGCUGUUGAUUGAUAUUUCCUUAUUAUACAUCCUGUAUGGAUCAAGUUUUAGAUUCUCUGCUAAAAUCAACUUUUAUAUCUUGAUUCGUACUAAAUUGUGCUGGAUCAAUAAAGCUGAUAUAAAAAGAAAUGAGACCGUUGUAUAAUGUAAACGAUUAAUCUGGAGUAAUCUUAUCAAAAUGGUAAUCGUUAAGUUAAUAAGAGAUAUCUUGCAAACAAUAAUUUCCGUAUGUUUUAUCCGUUUCUUUCUGAAUGGUCUGAAAUAGGAUUGAACUGAUGGAUGAAUAAUACAAAAGUUUUCCUCUGAAGAUAAAUAAGUUCCUCUUUUCUUUGCGUGUAUUAUGUAAUACUAUCUGCUCUAUCUAUCUGCUACAUAAAUCAGAAUUAUAAUGAUCAGGCACAAUCAUAGUACGACUAAUCGCGUUCCUUUUGAUACAAAUUUGAUUAUGCUUGUCCUAUCGACCCUAUUACGCCCUAUCAUAGUUCAUUGUUCGUAUUCACGAUUUAUGACAGAAAGAAACUCUUUCUCAUGUAAAGGUAAAAAUUCUUUGUCGAGCAUGUACUCGAUAUGACAAUAGAAUAGUCUAACUACUCGAACAGCGGAUCGUUUCGAAGAAAGAUUGUUCCGUUUUAUUUUUACAUAUACGCGUACGGAAGAGAACUUUUUUCACGUUUGUCAAAUAAAAAAAGAUAGCAUGGACUUGGACUUCGAACGUUUUCUUACUGCUUCUCGAUGACAUAGAAAAAUUUUUUCCCGGAAUAAUUUAAUUGAUUUCACUGCUUGAUCAAUCUAUUCUUUUUCUAUCAUCCAUCGCUUCUUUUAUGCUGGAAUUAAUAAAAAAUUAAGUUUGGAGAUAAACUAAAUUUUUGAGCUGGUCGUUCGUGUAUUGGGGAUUUUACAGUGAUUAGUCGAUUCUCCAGGGACGGCAAACGGAUGGCUCCGCUAAUUCCGAAUUCCAGUUAGAGAGGGAAAUGCAAUUUUUUUUCAGACGAUAGCGCUUUUCAUUCAGUUUCACCGUACGUGAAAUUUCAUUUUCGCGAUACUUUUUUUCGAGGAUUCGUCGAAAAUUUAUGACAACCGGCCGGAUAAAAUGCUCAUUAUUCUUGUCAUCCAACUGACCUUGACUUCGUGAACAAACGUUUACGACUUUCUACGACGAUUUACCGACGCGAAGGAAAGGUAUCGUGAGAGAGGACACGAAGCGCGUGAGCGAUUAUACCGAAUAUAAAAAAAAAAAUCACUUCAUGUCCCAAUUUUUUUUUUUUUUACUUUAGAUGUUGAAACAUAAACUAGGGAAACUAGCGCAUUACUUGGCGUUGAAAAUGAAAGACUUUUAGUGAGAUUUCAAGGAUCUAAUAAAUAGGUAACGGAGCCUUGUCACGCAGCUUAUUUCAAUCGUGGACUUUAGCACGACAUAAAUUUAAUGUCCGACAACAUUAAUAAGGACAUGAGAACAUUUAAUAAGGACACUUUAUGCCUGGGAGAUAAUAAAUUCGUAAAUGACAGCUUGUCAGCAUGAUUUAAAAAAUAAUGACGCUUUUCUGCUUCUCGUAACGCGCGAAAUUCUGCUCUCGCGAUAUUUCCGAAGAACGCAAAAAUUCAAUUACAUAGAAUUGGAAGCUAAGAGGAUGCUCGAUAUGUGAUUUCGAUCCAUCCUAUAAUAAGCCCGGAUACAGGCGUGGAAAUUUACCCGUCUAUCACGACUUUCGUUGUCGAGCGUAGCCGCAAUUUGAAUUACCUUUGUCCUUUUCUCUUCUCACAGAAACCUCCCAUCGAUAAUCGAUGGGCGCACGCCGUUAGCUUCGCCAAACAGCCCGAAGCGUUCGCGCAAUAAUAAAGAAGCGGUGUGACAUUUUUGUGCCGCGUAAAAUUUGUCCGUCGCCCACGUUUCUCUUGCUCCGCGAUAGCCGCCCGGAUCCGCUUUUGAUCGUACCUGUCGUUUCUAUUAAGUCGCUCCUCGCGACAAAGGCGUAGCCAAUUACUUUUGAGCUCGCAUCGAUAAUUCAUUGCUCCCGCCUCCCUUACUCGAUGCGCGUGAUAAUUGCUCCAAUUGUUUUUAUACCGACGCCGAUUAAAUGCGAACCGCGUCCCCGAUGAAUCGACCGACUCGUCCGGCAAAAUCGGUGGUGCGAAACUCGCACGGAUCCGCCUUAAUUUUAUUUUAGCAACGUCGCUCGUAAAUUUUUCAAGUUGUAUCGCGGAAGAAGGAGAUUUGUUAAAACAAUUACGAACUUUACUGAUUCAGCAGAUUUAUAGCCGUAAUAUGCGAACAGUCAGUUUUCUACGUUAAAGUAGCAAAGUUUCACGACUGAAUAAAAUUAGCGGUUAUAAUCAAUCAUAUUUGUUUUAUAACAGCGCAACAAAUUGGUUAACAACUUUCUGCAAAAAAUCAAUAUAUAUAUAUAUGGAUUAAAGUUUUUAACAAAACGCACUACCUGAGGUGGCGCGUACUUUUGCUGCUGUAGAAAACCUGUUACAUUAGCAGUUUUUAUUGCGACAAAAAAAGUUGAUUUAACAAUUUAUUCAUUGCUUUCAGGCAUGAUUUAUUCGUUCAACUACUAUCAAAUCUCCUUGAUUAUAGACAUUGAAUUCGCGCAUGAAGCUAUAGCUUUGCUGAAUCACCUAAUCUAUUCUUUUCCGUGAUAGGAAAAACAAACCCAAGUUUAAACCUAGCGGAUUUCUUUCUUUUUCUCGUAUCCUAUAUUCUGCAGUGCUCGUUAAUAACAACGCGACAUUUCUAUCUUCUGUUCAUUUCAUUUCUUUCCAUAUGUGUUUUUGCCUACGCCUAACAACGAAUAAAGGAAAAAUAUGAAAUAUAUAAAACAAUGCGAUAAAUAAAUAAUAUAAUAACAUAUAACACUAAAACAUAAUUAUUGGUCUUAAUUAUUAUAAAUACUGUUAUAGCAAACCAAGAAUUACAAUAAACCCAAUCGUUAUUAGAGUUACUAAAAUGGAAUUAAGAAUGUACAAUUCCCUAUUAGAUUUCAUUAAUUAAAAAUUACUAAUAUAAAAUUUCAAUUAAUAAAUUUAUUGGAGAUGAAAUUCUUAGAAGAUGCUGAAUCUUUCUUUCUAGGCGUUUAAAUAGAUUUUUGAAAGAAUCCCAAAUUAAAUCUUCUUUCGUCCAAUCUAAAAAAACACAAUUGUGACAUAAAUUUUAAUAUUGCCAUAUUUUGCUUUUACGGAAAGCGAUAAAUUGAUGGCGUCGUAAAUAAUCGGGAAUUUAUAUAUUUUUGAUAUUUAUUUGAUUACGGGAUUACUCCUUUUUAUUAGAUACUUCGAACGGGUUUCGUGCGCUUCGACGCUAAGAGGAGAGCAGGAGGAAGCAUUUGUUAUCAAUUAGAGCGGAGAAACGCGCGAUUGACGGCGAUAUUACGCGGGCAGAAUCGUUCUUGACGACGAGAUAACAAUCUUAACGGUAUGAGUGGCACAGCAGCAUGCCCAUGCUUAACCGCUCUCAUAAAAGUUACGACCGGCGUAUUAAAUGAUCAAUUCGUCUCGAGAGACAACGUAGAUGCAUCGUUGCGACCGGCAGCGCGCAAAUGGAGCAUCGCCAACUGGUGGCGUCGAAUUCGCGAGAAGCUGUAGAGCGCAGUACGCGAAAACCGACUGUGUGUGUGUGUGUGUGUGUGUGUGGGCAAAAAAUUAGACGCGCAUUCGUAAUUUGCCUUUCAGCGAACGAGCGUGUCUCACCUUGGGUAACGAUCUGCUUAGAUCCGCUGUAUGAAUUUGCGCAGACUUAUUUAUACUACAUUGUUUUGCUCCUGCGCUAGUUUCAGCGGUUAAUGAAACAUCACACGCACUCUGCGGAAAUUCGCAGAAGCAACCUCGGAGAAUAUUAGGAUAUUCUCGUUUUUCCCCACCAAAACAUUCUUGCAUUGCGGGAGUUUUGUUUUUCAGGGAAAAUAUUUCUCAAAAACAAAAAUAUUUUUGAGAGAUAUAUUUGCAUCUGUCAAACAAUACUCGACAAUACAUUGGAGAAAGAAAUAUUUGGAAGGCGCGCUUUCAGAAAAUGUGAUGAGAACCACACUUUCGGAAUGUCCUGGCACUCGGAAUAUAAAUGUCCUGUUCUUGAAAUCAUUCUCGCUAGCCUCAUCUCACGUCAGUGCUCGGAAGGCACGCAUCGCUUCGUUCACACUUAUUUCGUUCGCGAAACGUGACUGACUGUGAGACGUUUUUAUGAAACAGCAUACGAGUCACGAUGCAUCUCUGUCGUGAGAGAAUUCGUGCCGUUUGACAUCGCGGAGCGAUGCGCGUGGUACGACAUAUCACCCCGAGUGGAAGCUGUUCGUAAACAUUUGACGCAAUCCCGCCGGCGCGGCAGUAGUUUCUGCAUGUGUCGAACACUUCAUUGACGCAUUGCUCGUUUUUACUGCAGUGACGUAAUCCGAAACGUCGGUCGCGACGUGUGUCUCCAUCGCGGCGAUCGAGAAAUCAAGAGGAAUCUCAAAGGCGAUGAUGGAUAUCCGACGCGGAAAGCUGUCAUUGUCGUUCUGCGAUACCUUCGAAAUUCAGCGUGGCUAGAAUAAUUCUUUGCACUCGUGAUACAGUUCUGACACAUGCAGUGCUGUUGCUCAUGAAACGUCGAGUUCUUUCACACAUGCGCGGGAUAAGUUUACAGCGUCUAUAUAAACAACGAUAUCUGUCAUGUUGAAUUUUUGGAUUAUCGCGUGGCAUAGACUCAAUAUGUUAGGAGAAUUUUUAUGUCUUUAAGUCACAUCUACUUUUUUUUUUAAAUAGUUUAUUGCUUUUAUGUGUUACUUAUUUUUAUUUCUAUUUCCAUCGCAUCUUUCUGUCUCUUCUUUGUCUUUGUUCUUACCAAUUAAGAAUGUCUCAGUGAUCGAAAAUGUUCUUAUAUUUAAACGGAAACUUAUUAUUAUCGAUUAAAUUUAUUUAUUUAUAAAAUUGAAAGUUAAUAUUGCAAUAUUUAAAUCUAAUUUUAAUCUUAUAUUUAAUCUUACAUUUAAGUCUUAUUUUAAUUUUUAAUUUUAACCUUAAAAAAUAUUUAUAAAAUAGGUUAUUUUAAAUAUUAUAAAAAUUCAUUUAAAAAAAAUGAAUUUCUUAUAACAGUAGGUUUAGAGUUUAUGUUUUGAUAGUUAAAAAAUUUUUUUAAAAACAUAUUUGUUAAGAUAAUAUAUUUUGUAAAUAAUACAAAGACAAGCAUCUUAGAUUGUUCGAGUGUUUGUUUAAUUAGAUGCUUUACAAGUUUUUAUUAUUUUCCGAAAAGUUUAAACAUUCAUCAUAUUUUUGUGUGUUAGUAAUAACAUUUUAUAUAUUUCAUAUUUCAGUUAUUUAUAUAAUUUAAAUCGUGAAUUUAAAAAAAACUCGAUAAUCUCAACUGUGUAUCGUUACACGCUUAGUUACUGGGACAUUUACCUUAUUUGCGAUUUUUUUUUUAGCUUGGCCUCAGAAACGCGAAUACAAUUUUUUUCUUCGUGCACUCUCUCUCGUUUGCAGACCAGCUAACCUUGAUAAAGUUCGUUGCUUUGCGUGCACAAUGCUCGACCUCCGAAGGCCGCGGAAUUCAUUAAAUGUCACAGAUCGCCCGCAUAAUUUUUCGCGAUAAGUAUUCACUGAAAAGUAUUCGUGCUCACGUUCGUGCUGUUAGAACGUUUUGACGCCCACGAUUAUAAAUAAAAUUUUCCAUUUGUAUCGUGGUUAUAAUGAAAAAAAAGUGAAAAGUUUAAUUAACCAUGUCAAUUUAAUCUGGCUCGCCCACCCGCCUUGCAAAUAUCAGAAAUUUAAUUUAUAAAAUUUUACUGUAGCUUUUCUAUAAUUAUCUAUAACAAUUUGUAAUUUAUUCUUGGCUGUCGAUGUAAAUUCAUUUCUCAGGGUUUUCACUUCGAUGGCAUAAAUAAACGAUCGGAUAAUGUUUGAAUUUUACAGGAAAUUAAAUUGUGAAAAGUAGAUAAAAAUUGAUUAAAUAUUUGUGGAAACGAAUAUUUUAUAGCGUUUAUUAAAUUUUUUUACAUCAGUAACAUUUAUAUCGUAAAUCCGUCCGCAAUUGCAUCAAUUAUUUACAGAAAAGUAACGCUUCUAUAUUAAACUAAUCACGGUAACGUUCACUGCGAUUUCGGUUUAAUAUUUAUCCACGUGCAAACGUGUAGGCUGGGAAAAUAUUUUCGAGCUUAUGUUUCGUAUUCGUCGCUGCCUCGAGUACAACAGGAAAUCGCUGGUAGUUUUCUGUCUCGCGGGAGCUUACUCUCCAUUUCUUCGGAAAUAUUUAUGAUUAUUUGGAACAAGUUUGGAAAAUGAGCUCGUCGUAUCUCCGAGAAUAAAGUGCAUGCACAGUGUGCGCACGGACGAACGUAUUCUCAAGGAUCAAUGCAAUAACAUUGAUGCAGAGUUCCGGACUCAUUUCAUCUAACUUUCAUUAUCUCUUUGCGUUCCAAGUCGUGCAUCGUUCGAUUGAUUCGAUCGAUAAACGAUAAUCUCAACCUGAAUAUAAUAUCAAAGAGUUGUGUCUAUAAUUGGAACUAUCGACGCGUAGGCGGGAUAUUUUGUGCACGGAAAACAUUCUUUUAAUUAAUGACAAUUUACAAGACGUUACAUCAAAUCGUAAAUCGUCAGUUGUAUUGUUUUUCUUUAUGUUUGCUUUUGUAAUAUAAGAGAUAAUUUAAUGACAGUUUAACGCCCUUCUAUACUCUUCUUCAGUAAUAUUAGGAGCGGUUGAGUAUUUUAACACUUCCACAGGGAACGUCAUCUCGAUUAAUUGUGAUCUUAUUCAAACGACUUGUCGCGUCUGGAUACCAGAUGCGACAACGAAUACCGGCGACUAUCGCAAUUAUCGCAGCAACAUUUCACGAUCGUUACACCUUCGAAGCAGACGUUAAUUUACAGACGUCAGUAAAUUUCAACGUCAGUCGUUCCAUUAAGAUGGAUAAUUUCUUUCAUAUCUCGAAAUGGAAAAUGAUUGAAAACCGUCGUUGGGGUUGGAAAGGGCGGGAGGAGGUGGACGAGGAUAAAAGUGGAAAUUGAUGAAUUGGCCGACUAGCGAAAAAGUAUUUUGUUACGUUAAUGUAAUUGCUUCGGUGCGUGUACGUUUGAAGAUGUUCGCGCCGCAGAUUCUAGUGCGACGAAGUCUAUGUAUAAGCUCGGUAUGGGCAGGUAUAGCUCGAUGGCCAUUAGUUUGAGUGGUUUAUAUGUACUUAAAUGCUUUGACUUUUCGAGGACAAUCGCUCAAUGACGAAGCACUUCAUUGAGCUGCGCCUCGGCGCGUUGCAAUUUGCGCGUAGUGCGGCGUACUUGUCGUUAAUCUGCCUCCCUUUCAGAUCAAUUCGGCGAUUUCUCUUGCCGGAGUGCAAUUCGAUGAAAUGAAACAGAUUUUUCAGUGUACUCAAAAUUAUUUUUAAAUGUGCGCCUUCAUCUUUUUAAUGGAAUCAAACGUACGCCGUUUUACUUGGAGAUAACGUUUUAAACUAAAGAAAAGAAGCAUUUAUUGCUUCAGUAAAGUCAUUUGGAGAAUGUGAAGUGAUAAGAUAGUUAUAAAGAAUGAAAAAGUGUUAAAUCUGAAUAAUGAGAUUCAAGAGAGAUUAUGCCGAAAAAUAUAUCUAAAAAAAAUGUUUCCGCGUUUAAGAUCUAAAAAAAAAGAUCGUUAGCUUCUUACAUCUUUUCAGUUUAGCAUUAUUUCGAUUUGUCCUUUUUUUACGGAGCUUAGAGUUUCGAUCCCUUCCAUUGAUCCCUCUCAAAUUUCGAAGGGCUCGAAGCGAGAAAAUCGCGUCUCCACGUAGGAUGAAUUAGAUCUGAUCCGAAGACGAGAGUUCGUCUUUAUCUCGCAGCGCUUAGAUUUGAAUUAACGAUAAUCCACGGAUUAAACGAAUCCCCCCCGACUAAUCUCGCUGCGACAAUCCGCAGUGUUGCCGUUUGGUAAUCUGAGACUUGCCUUUCAUUGACCUCUACUCAAUCCACGCUGCGCGAUAUCACUCUCGGCAUGAAUACGUCUUCUUCGUGCACGCGCGAAUCGCUCGAACUUUCAGUCGAGUAUUUCAUUUCUGGAGUACUACAUUUCGUGAGAUUUUAAAUUUUACGACUGCACCUCUCACUAAAUGAAUAUAAGAUCUUUAUUAAGCUAAGCUUGAAUUAAAAGCGAGAUUUAUUUAUUUCAUCGCGUUCUGAAGCACCUUCAGACCUUAUCUUACCAAAUAGUUAAUAAUUUAACCUCGAAAAUGUAACGCAAAUUUCAUGAUAGACGCUUCAAUAAAAUCUUUUCAUACAAUCUUCUCGAUCUCUUAUCUUAAUCUCAAUUUCGUUCACCGUCAUGCGGAGACUCUUUAUAGGCUCCAUUUCGAUCUAUGUAAGUGAUUCUUCGCUUUUCCAGACAACACUUUCUUAAGUUGUCGCUGCGAGUGGAAGGAUCGAUUCGAAAUGUCAUGACCAAUUUUUUGUCUCGUCUCGUUCUCUCUUCUGAAGGUAAAAUCCUUAUAUAAUACAUAUGUGUAAUAAAAUGUUGCAAAUGGUUGUACAAGAUUUUAUUUUUCUUUAAAGUCGUAACAAUAUAAUUAAUAAAGCCAAUUAAAUAAAUCUAAUAAUAUCAUAUAUGCAGUACGUAACGUAUGUGUAAAAUCUUGUACACUAUAUAAAUAAUACAUUUAUAUAAUAUUAAUCUGAAUAAUAAUAUUAUUAUUUUUCAAAAUAUGUGUUAAAACGUAUCGCAAUAAGAUACAAAAUACAAUACAAUAAAAUGGAAUUUAAUAUUGCAUAUCCGUAUUAAUUAAAAUAAUAAUUUUAAAUUCUUCAAGUUUUUAAAGCUCCCUUCGAUCGGAUCCUCACUCAAUCUGUUUUCUCGAAGAUUUUCGCACAAGAAUCCGCAUUGCCGAGUUUCUGAUUACACAACUCGAACUCACUUCCUUUCCAUCAAUUUUGUUCUUUAUGUAUUAGGCACCUUAAUAACUGUAUGUACAUAGUAUUAAAAAGAGAGAAUGCGCUUCUUUUCGCUUCUCGUCGCGACGAGAGAUUAAAGAGUCAUUAGGGACGGUCGUUCUCGGACGUGUAAAUUUAAAAUCUCGGUCGGAUACAAGAGAGAUCCUCAAAAUUAGCGACAAUUUUAUUCGGCAAUAGUUUUUUGAGACGAUGUUGAUUACUUCUUUUUUUAGCGACGUUUGAAACUAAAUUUUGUAACAACCAAACUCCUCAGAGGAAUAAGAUUUUCUAUUAUAUAAAUAAGAUUGAGCUGGAACGAAGAUCUGUUAUUUGCCAUUUGUAUCUCGCUUAUUUAAGAGUUAUUGCGAGAAAAGUCCGGAUUCUAAAAUGCUUUUCAUGAAACAUUUCUGCAAUAGCUUGACCUUUCUCUUCCUGGAAAUUGUUGCUAAAGGACAUUCACGCCAAUUCAUGGAAAGAAUCUGCUAUUGAAGGUUUUCCUUUAGACAUCUCGUACAUCCGUAGGAUUACGUCUAUGCGCGAGAAAAUGAUUUCCACGUUAAUCGUAGGCGAAGUUACGCGACGACGACACACGACACUUGCGGAAAUCUAUUUAUACUCUGAAUGCGUUAAAUCACAACCACGCGUAUGCAUAAUCGUUCUCGUGAUAUAAUAGGUCAAGUCCAACAAUUUGUAGGCAACUCCAUUCACAGUAACUGGGCAUAUGUUAUCAUAUCUUUAUUCUGUGCCGCAUUUCGCGCUGGAUACUGCUCGGAUUUUUUUUUUCUAUGAAGGCCGCCUUCUAUCUCGACUCGAGAUGACAAUCAGUUACACUCGGAACUGCAGAUGUGCAACGAAGACGUCUUUGUUCGAGAUUAAUCCUAGCAGAAGAAGCUCCGAAUUGUGAUGGUAACAUAAUGUAGGAGGAGAAUGUAGGGAGAAGAAAUCGUUAGAAUUAGUCGCGUGUUGAAAAAUAUAAUGCAAAAUUUUUAUAACGUGGGAGAAAUGUGUGGAAAAGGUGUUGUAAUAAAUUAAAAAAUAUAAAAGAUUAGAAGGAAAUAUUGAAAGUGAUUAAUUUUGAUUGGGCUCCAUCCUGCUGGGAUUAAUAUCGAGUAUUUCCGCAGAGAUGGAAGGCUCGCGGUCGAGAGGGCGAACGAAAUUGUCCUUCGUCAGCCCGAAUUUGCCCGCGUAUUUCGACUCGCCCGGGCGUUAAUGAUUCGGAUCGGCAAAUAUUUAAUCGAACGCACGACACACCUCAAGUGCCACCUGAUUACGCUCUCGCGCCGCGACGCGUGGCACGCGGAUGCGUAUAUAUGCGCGGAUAUCUGCAUGGACAAUUUAAUGCGCACUCGCGAUCCCGGCGUUUUUGCGUUGCCCACGUUUUCCGCGUUAUCCGCGGAAUUUCGAUACAACGAAAACUCGCGCACGAAUGAUAAAGCGAUAAAUCGUCGUCAGAAAUCGUGCACGAAAUCGUUGGCGAAGAGAGAGAGAGAGAGAGCGAAAGUACAAGGUUUCGCGGCGCACGACGAAAAAUAUACGGCGCGCGAGCGGAAAAUACACGGCAAGCCGAAGGUUUUUUCUCGGUGUUUUUAUGUCGCGUCAAUCAGCGCCGGGAGAGCGAAAAUAGGAUAGAUAAACUCCCGCCCGUGGAAAUUUUAUUUUCGGCCCUUUGUUACCCCGAAACUGAUGUUUUCAUCCGGGGCGCAUGAUGCUCGGCACGAUGCGCCGGAGUUGUUUGCUUUUAGAAUUAAACGCAUUUGCGAAAACAGUCAACCUACAGCGUUAAUUGGUCCGUCGAAAUAACAUUGUGUACAUUUGUUGCGUGUCACGACCCAAAUAUUGCUUAUUUUUGGAAACUGGAUUCUGCUAUGACAAAGAUAAAAUUGCAGUAUAUUUACGGAUAUCAAUGCGACGUAAAACAAAAAGGGCGAACUCGUUCAAACAAAAUUAACUAAAAAAAAAAAGACGUGUCAUUACUAAGUGACAAUAUUCUAUUAUAGGGAAAAAGAGUGAGUUGAAAAAUUUGCAUCAUCUGUGUGUUAUAUGGAAUUAAAAAAAAAAAUAAAGAAAAACGUUAUGACGGUGUUAUAAAAAUGUUAGAAUUGUGAUGCAAUUGGCAACGUUGGCCGUGAUUUCAUCAGACCAAUUAAGGUUUUAAGUGAGAAGUGGGCGCAAUGCAUGUACUUAAGACAGAAGGAUAAAUAAAGAUUGUUCUUGACCAAGUGAAACAUACCUCUACAAAGAUUACAGCCGAAGUAUUUUUAAACGGACAUCUAUAUGUAAUCACAAGAAAGAGAGAGAGAGGAGAGAGAAGAUAGGCGGCCUGUAAAGGUUCAGUAACAUUAUUCAGAGAUCUGAUUUAUAUUACUGCGAAGUAAACUGCUCCUUUGGGAGUAAUGAAAUCCGGGUUAAUCUACUGCACCCGAUUUUAUUGAUUUCCAUGGCGUGCGUGCGUGCGUGCGUGCGUGCGUACAUAUAUAUAUAAUAUACAUAUAAAUGCGGGUGUGUGAGUGUGUGUGUGUGUGUGUGUGUGUGUGUGUGUGUGUGUGUGUGUGUGUGUUUGCGUGUGUGCGCGCCCGCGCGCGCACACGUGUGUGUCUUCAACCCGUGCACUCUUGGAAGGAUCGCGCGGAAUUGGCACGUAUCUCUGUUACACGUUCCUACCAAGAAGGACGAUACGCGUCCACGCACUGCGAUCGCGUAGCGCGUCCAUCCGAUCGUUCGUCCCUCGUGCGAUUUGCAAGCCGCGAAUUUCGGCAUCUAGCGAGUGAGCCUGGCCACAAAUAUCGGUACCCUGAUGCUUUUAACUUUAAAGCGAAACGGACACGGUCUCCGCGACACGUGUAGUACGAUAUAUGUAGUCGCGAAGCGAUUCGCGAGGGAUCCACGAAGCGCUCUGGCUUCCGAGAUUUUCCAUUCGCGCGGCCGUCCAAUCUCUCGCGAGAUUUCUCGGUGAUGGUUGACUGGCUUGAAUAAAUUCUCAGCGCGAGAAAUCACGCGGCGGGAUUGUGUGUACCGGGGCGGGGCUCAAAUUGCGAGAGGUCGAGAUGGAAAAAACCGGCGCGAGGAGCAAACAUCACUCGCUCACGCUCGCGUCGAUCUUUUCAACGGGAUGGUCCGCUACGUUUCGAAUGAAUGUCGCUCUCGUGCGGCGCUCGCGAGUGUGCGGCGAUCGAGCCUCCGAUUACGCUCCUCUUUCACGUAUCUGGCGAAUUGUGAAUUCAUAAUGCGGAGAAAAAAAGCGUAACGUCGAUUAGGUACUGUGUACUUCGCUAUGUGUAUGUGCGUGCACGAAGUGUAUCCAAUCAUUCGUCAUAGUCGCGAAGAAGUUACGAGGGAGACGUCGUCUCUGAUAUCUGAAAGACCUCGUCUUUCGGAUACAUGCGAUAGAGAUACCAAAGUCACGUGCGCAUUGAAUAAUAACGCGCCAGUCAGAAAUGGAAUUUGCCGCUUGAACUUGCAGCAAUCACGGGACUUUAGUUGGUUUAUCGAGAACUCUCUGAUUUCCGUCAGUUUUAUAGCGAUAUUAGAUAAGCGAAGAUAAGAAGAGCGAAGGAGGAGUGUACUUGCGAGCGUGGAUUCGCGAGAGUGCGAGAGCGAAACAAAGCGAUGCGAUUUGUGGGGCGAUUCGUUUCGCCGCGUUUGCGAAAAUUGGGAGAGAAAGAAAGAGAAAGGAUGCGAGAGAAAAAGAGAGAGAGAGCACACGCACCAGAUCGUUUUUAUUCGCGCCGGAGACGAGGAUCGUGUGCACGGCGAAUAACGUUAAUAAUAAUAUUAAUAAUAAUAAUAAAAAGAGAUAAUGAUAAUAAUAGUAAUUGUCCGCUAACGAUGUUACGCCAAAGUUCGUACGAGUGAAGUAUUUAAACUUGUCUGUACGUGUAUAGGGACACGAUAGGGAUACCUGUGAGUAUAAAAAUAAAAAUAAAAAAAAUACACAUACACACAAAAGAGAUGAAUUAAUGAAGAGAGAAAAAUACAAAAAACCAAUAUUAUCGCUAUUUUGCAUCGAGGAGUAUAUUGUAAAGUGAGGAUUUUUCUCGCCUUGUGAUUAUUAUGUUUGUAAAUCGUAGCCGAUUGUUAGCCGCUAUAAAUGCGAUUGUACACGUAGGCAAAAUCCCCCGAGGAUCGGAUCUGUAUUAUCUGGAUCUAGUGCAGCCGAUGAGUUAAUCGAAUUAAUUAAUGGAUAUAUCAAAAAUCUCAUUUUUUGUAAAUAUUAAUUUAAAUAAAUCCUAUUGUAAAGAUUGUAUAAUUUA